AUGACUGAAGCAUAACAAUUAGAAGAAUUUACAAUAUAUGGAAUUCAAAGUGAAUUCAGUGCAAGAGGUUAAAUCAAAUAUGAAGAUCUAAGAAUGCUCAUAUCAGAUUAUAUGUAGAUGUAACCUAUCUUUUUCUUGGUUGUUCAAAUCCUUGAACAAGAACAUUAAAUUUAGAUAGUUGAAAAGAUCAAAAUUGAUAUCUAAACUAUUUACUCAACUUUUAGAUCUCUUUCAUUUUUACAUGAAGUUCCUAGGGUAUAUCACUUAUUCUCUAUUACAGUUCCUAAAUGGACGUUUAACACAUCUUAAUGUUCGCAAUAUCAAAGCAGCCAUUUAACUUUAUCAUGAUGGACUCCUUACGUAAUCACAUAUUGUUUUAUCUAGAAUGAAGGAUAUCAAAGAUGCUUGUCUUAUUUUUCAUCUUAGAGAAUAAGAAUUAAUGAGUGAAGGUGUACCAUGUAAUGCAACUGAAAUUAACAAUUUAUUAUGGGUAUAUGCAUUUUCUCAUUAUUUUCAUUUCAGGCAAUAGGAAAAGCUAUAAGUAGUAGUGUUUUGGAAGAAUGGAUAAAGAGAUGCACUGAUUUUCUUUAGAUUAAAGGUUUCAUUUAAGAAUUUGAGUUUCUCUACCUUAUGGCCAAUACAGUUGACAGAUGGGCUUAUUAUGAGAAAAUUCCUAAAACUAAAAUGGAUCUUACUAGAGAUCCAAAAAUGGUUUAAUUAUUACACUACUUUAGGAUAAUCUCUAUGUAGUUGAUUAAACUGGAUAUAAAACUGCCAAGAAUCCAGAUGCCAAAAUUUAACAUUAUAUGAAUUAUCAAUACAAUAUGGAUAAGGCUGUAUUUAAGGGAAGAUCCUUAAAAGAUAGAAAUGAAUAUUACAUUCAAAAAAGAACAUAAAAACAUUAAUAAUUUUUGAAAAACAAAGAUGCUGGUAUUGGUGAAUUUAAAAAACUCUUAAGAGAUCCUGAAUUAUAUGUUGAAAUCAAAUCUAAAUUAAAAAAUGCUUAAUAAAUUUUGAAUCAUUCUAAAUUAAAUGGAAAGAUGUUGAGAGUAUAAUUAUUAGAAGAAUUUGCAGGUUCAAAAGAAUUUUUGUAAUCUCAAAGUGGUUAACAUAAUAAAUAAUUAUAAUAAGAGGAAUCAAGGAAAAGCAUACCUACAAUUAAAUAAUUAAAAGAACAUCCUUAAUUUUAAAAAUAAACAUAAAAAAUAUAGAUAUCUGAAGCUAUUGAAGAUAUUAGAUUAGAUGUUUAAUAACAUAAAAAAAUGAUGUAAGAUCCAGCUUUUAUGACUGAAUAUUUAUAAAGAGCAUCAAGUGCAGUUAGUACUAAGGCAUCAAUGAGAAAAAAUACAAGUGGAAAAUUAGCAGUUUAAUCUUAAACAUCUUUGAGACCAUCAACUGCUUUAGUAAUGCCUACAUAUACUAAAGUUUCAAGACCUAUUACAGCAAUUAGUAAUCAAGAACAUUAGAAACCAAGAUUAUCUUAAACAAGGGUUAAUUAAUAUAUAUAUAUUUUAGAUUCCAUAAAUAUUAGAUGAAGAAAUUGAAAUAUUUGAGAAUGAACAAUAAGAUAAAAAGAAUUAAAAUACUGUAUUUUAUGGUUCUUCCAAUUCUACUAAACGAUUAUAUAAUAUAGAUUUACCAUGGCAUACACCGUCAUCGCUAAAAAAUUAAUGA